AUAGAAAGGCCAAUACUACCGAUGAAAGACCGAGUCAAUCUCUCCCUCCCUCCCUCUCUCUAUCUCUCUCUCUCCUCUUAAUCCGAAAUUGCAGAAACAACCUAUUUGGAAUUCACCUGAAGCGCAGCCAAGUGGUAGCCUAUCCACAAAUGUCUCUCCGUUGUCCUAAUCCAAACGGGUCCUUAUUCUCCAUGUACCCAUGCACGUAUAAAAGCUUCCUCUCGCUCACAUCUUCGCUAAUCCAUAUAACUUUAAGAUAAAAACAAAUGAGUCAAGAGCAACCACUAAGGCCUCAAGAAUCCCUUGAUGGAGACGUCUCCUCUCUCCAAAGGGAUCUCAUGCAGAUCCCCGAGAGCGCUACGUCUUCGGCUGCUGUUGAUCUGGGCUUGAGCCUCGCAGUCGCAGAAAUUGAUUCUCCUAGAAAGCGUAUGGUGACUGAAUCAAUCGCCGAACAGAUAGCUGGGAAAAUAAGCCAAAGAGUGUUAAUGCAGCAGACAGCACCAGCCACCGUUCAACAAGGUGGGAGUCCGUAUGGUGGUAUAACCAUUGGCGAAGCACUUGAAGCCACAGCACUAACAGCCGGACAAAAGAUUGUUGAAUGGAGUGACGCGGCGGCAAUUCAAGCAGCGGAAGUUAGAGCCACCGGUCGCACCACCAUUAGUCCUGGUGGUGUGGCCGCUGCUGCACAAUCAGCAGCAACUGUCAAUGCCAGGACUGCAAGGGACGAGGACAAGAGAAAACUAGCAGACAUUCUUAUGGAUGCGACUUCAAAGUUGCCGGCGGAUAGGCCGGCCACGAGGAAAGAUGCAGAAGGGGUUACAGGAGCAGAAAUGAGGAACGAUCCAUUCCUCACUACACAUCCGACGGGUGUGGCUGCUUCCAUAGCUGCUGCCGCCAGGAUCAACCAGCAGAAUAAUUUCAAAUAAUUAACGCACCUUAUUUUAAGUUGAGCUUAAUUAUUUUUUUUUACAUUAUCGUUUUCAUUCAUAUAACUUUUAUUUUCAAAAUGGGGCUUAAAACAAAGCAGUAUACCCAUAUCUCUGAAGACAAUUGAAAAGCAUCCAGCCAGUCUCAACUAAUCUGCAUUUUUUUAUAGCCUCGCUAUACAUUUGUAUUAUUGAUGUUCCCUUUCAGUACUUAUUAUAAAGUUUUGGUGGGUCAUGUAAUAUAUGGUGUUAGUAGUUUGUUACUAUUCUCUCUUUGAAAUUUUUGUAAUAUUGGUUUGAAAUGGAAAUAAAUUGAACUCCUGUCGAAUAAAAAGUCAA